AUGGAUUCGAUUGCAAGGAAGCGACCCAAAUCGGAGACCAAACCCCCAAAACGGAACCCUCCUUCUCCGGUCAGAUCAUUACUCGAGCCAUCGGAAAGCUUCUUCCCUUCCAAGGAAGAGUUCGUCAGACUCCUCGCGGUGGUGCUUGUCGCGUGUGCGGUGGCUUUCACCUGCAGUUUCCUCGCUAAGAAUCUGAGCUCAACCCCUGAAUCAUUCUGCGAUAGUAACCUCGAUUCCAUCGACUCAGACUUAGAUAUCUGUGAACCAUGUCCGAUUAAUGGCAAAUGUCACCAAGGAAAGCUGCAAUGUAAUCACGGAUUCAUAAAUCAAGGGAGUUUAUGUGUAGAAGAUGGAGAAAUCAAUGAAUCAACCAAGAAACUGGUUGGGCAUUUUGAGAGAAGAGUUUGUGAGGCUUAUGCUCAUAAAGAAUGUUAUGGCACUGGGACCAUUUGGGUUCCAGAGAAUGACAUUUGGAAAGAUCUACGUAGCAACGGCUUCAUGAGUAACUUAGACGAGAAUGCUUACAGUUUUGUGAAAGGAAAAGCUGUAGAAGCUAUCGCCGAGCUACUAGAGAAAAGGACUAAUGCUAAUGGGAGGAAUGAGUUGAAGUGCCCUGAAUUGCUAGUCGAGAGUUACAAACCCUUGACUUGUCGCAUGCAUCAAUGGCUCUUGAAGCACAUCUUCAUGAUCUCGUCCUCCUGUGGAAUGCUUGUGGUCUGCGCAAUAUUGCAUCGGAUAAUCCAGCGUAAGCGAUGUUUCUCGCGUAGAGUUGAAGAACUAUACGACCAGGUGUGUGACUUCCUGGAAGAGAAUGCAGUAGCAUCAAACUCUGCAGACGAGCCUUCUUGGGUUAUCGCAUCACGGUUACGUGAUCAUCUCCUUUUGCCUAGAGAAAGAAGAGAUCCUCUGUUAUGGAGUAAGGUCGAAGAGCUGAUACAAGAGGAUUCACGUAUCGAUCGUUAUCCAAAACUUGUCAAGGGUGAACAAAAGGUUGUAUGGGAAUGGCAAGUUGAAGGUUCGCUUAGCUUAUCCAAGUUGAAGAAACGGGGAGAGACGCACAAGAAAGUUCGAAAUAGUAAUGGCUCAAACACAAUCUUGCAAGCAAACUACAAGAGAAGAAUUGCAGAGACAUUUUCUUAG